AUGAUAACAAAGAAUGAGAAUGAUCUGGGUAAGAACUCUUUCAUGCAAAAGCAUUAUGUGGAACGCUCUCGCUCUGAGAGAGGGAAAACACAGGAAACUUCCUCAGUUUUAAGUCCAGUGAAUUCCAUCUCGGUGAACUACAGCUGUUCUAGAGCAUCUGCUUUGGUCUCAUGGCCUACUGUGCUUGGGGCCACAACCUACCGGGCUAUUGCCAUAGGCCGCAAUGGUACACGUCUGUCUUGCAAUUCCAGCACUACAGAGUGCCAACUCAUAAAUCUAGCCUGUGGGGAGAGCUACGAGGUACAUGUCAUUGUCAUGUCAAACACCUGUGAGAGCAUUGCCAGUACCACCACAUCCUUACAAACAGCUUCAAGCGUAUCUUGUGCUCAUUCUCAAGACUUCCUCAAUGGUGUGUGCACCAACAUCAUUCACCUCCACCAGAGGAAGCUCAAGUAUUACACUGGUAACUAUGACCAGUAUGUAAAGACCAGGGAGGAGCUGGAGGAGAACCAGAUGAAGCGGUACAACUGGGAACAGGACCAGACAUUUCACAUGAAGAAUUAUAUCACCCGUUUUGGUCAUGGUUCAGCCAAACUAGCUCGCCAGGCUCAGAGCAAAGAAAAAACGCUGCAAAAAAUGGUGGCCACUGGCCUAACAGCCCGUGUAGUGAAUGACAAGACCAUGUCGUUUUAUUUUCCUCCUUGUGGGAAAAUUCCCCCUCCUGUAAUCAUGGUGCAGAAUGUCAGCUUCCGAUACUCCAUUGACACACAUUAUAUUUACAAAAACUUGGAGUUUGGCAUUGACUUGGACACCCGAGUCGCACUUGUGGGUCCCAAUGGGGCAGGAAAGUCCACACUGCUCAAGUACCGUGACAUCAAGCUACUGAUGGGAGAGCUUCUCCCCACAGACGGAAUGAGAAGAAAACACUCACAUGUUAAGACUGGCAGGUAUCACCAGCAUCUGACUGAGCAGCUAGAGCUUGACCUGUCUCCUCUGGAGUACAUGAUGAAGUGCUUCCCUGAGAUCAAAGAAAAAGAGGAGAUGAGGAAGAUCAUUGGACGUUAUGGCCUGACAGGCAAGCAGCAGGUCAGUCCCAUCAGGAACUUGUCUGAUGGUCAGACGUGUCGGGUGUGUUUUGCCUUGCUCGCAUGGCAGAAUCCUCACAUGCUGUUUCUGGAUGAGCCAACGAAUCACUUGGACAUUGAGACAAUUGAUGCUCUGGCUGAGGCCAUCAAUGAGUUUGAGGGUGGAAUGAUGCUAGUUAGCCACGACUUCAGACUUAUUCAGCAGGUGGCUCAUGAAAUUUGGGUGUGUGAGGAGCAGACCAUCACCAAAUGGAACGGAGACAUUUUGGCUUACAAGGAGCACUUGAAAUCAAAAAUUGACAAACAGACUCAUGACAUUUAAAAAUCUAUGAACUGGACAGACUGUCUUUUAAGGUUUCCGUCAUGGAUUGAUUACCCUCCCUCAUUUCCCAGAUGUGCAUUAUUGAAGGAAUUUUCAAUUGGACAAUGAAGCCCAGUAUCACGGUUGAUGAUCUGGAUUGCACUGAUUUUGUCCUCUGUCAUCCCAAGGGAAAACAGAAAAACAUUUAUUUAGUCUAAUAUCGCAUAAGAAAUUCUUAAUCCACUUCUCAGAUGCAAAUUUCAUGGCAUCAGCAUGUCUAUUUUAUUUAAUAUA